UAAGGCACGAGAGAGCUGGGGCGGGGGCGCUCUGCACAGGAGGCGGGGAGCGGGCGGGCAGCAGCUUCGUUGUUUUUGUGCUGCUCCGCAUCCCCGCUCCGGACGAUAUCCGGGAAGAAGAGGACCUGCCGCAACCCAGCCGACCCCUCCCCAGCAGCCUGGGCCCGGAACUGCUGCCCCCCCGCGGCUCCCGGCCGUGCCACGAAGGGGAAGAGCGCUGCAAUAACUUACAGCUCUCCCUGCCCGUUUUAAUCGCUUGCAAUGAGGAUCCAUCUGGCCAGAAGAUGGACUUGGCUUGGCAGAAGCUGCCUGUUGCUUGGCCUCUUGAUGGUUGCCUACUUCGUAGUGGAGCUGUGUGUUUCUACCUUCCAUGCCUCCUUCACCGGAGACAGCGUCACCAAUGGGAGAUGGGAGAGGCACUUUUCUGACAGACCAGAAAAAGCAGAGGAUUUGGCUCGUCCAGUUUAUGAAAAAUCCCCUCCUGAUUCUUCUGCGCUAGGAGAAUGGGGUAAGGCCUCUCGUCCACAGUUGACACCUGAGGAAAAGAAACUAGAAGAAGAGCUGAUUGAAAAAUAUGCAAUUAAUAUUUAUUUGAGUGACAAAAUAUCUCUGCAUCGUCACAUACAGGACAAUCGAAUGUAUGAAUGUAAAGCCAAAUCUUACAACUAUAGAAAACUUCCAACUACAUCCGUUAUAAUUGCUUUCUAUAAUGAAGCUUGGUCAACCUUACUGCGGACAAUUCACAGCGUUCUUGAAACAUCUCCUGCAGUACUUCUAAAAGAGAUUAUACUAGUGGAUGACUUGAGCGAUAAAAUAUAUCUGAAGGCUGAACUUGAAAAGUACAUUAGUAACCUGAAAAGAGUUCGUUUGAUAAGAACCAGCAAACGAGAAGGACUGGUUCGUGCACGCUUAAUUGGAGCUACCUUUGCUACUGGUGAUGUCCUCACAUUCCUAGACUGUCAUUGUGAGUGUAACUCUGGUUGGCUGGAACCACUUUUACAGAGGAUUGUUGAGAAUGAGACUGUGAUCAUUUGUCCUGUUAUAGAUACCAUUGAUUGGAAUACAUUUGAAUUCUAUAUGCAGACGGGGGAGCCCAUGAUUGGGGGAUUUGACUGGCGAUUGACAUUUCAGUGGCAUUCUGUACCUGAACACGAACGUCAAAGAUGGAAAUCUAAAACUGACCCCAUUAGAUCCCCAACUAUGGCUGGUGGGCUAUUUGCUGUUAGUAAGAAAUAUUUUGAGUAUCUUGGUACAUAUGACACAGGGAUGGAUGUCUGGGGUGGGGAGAAUUUAGAACUAUCAUUUAGGGUGUGGCAGUGUGGCGGCACGUUGGAGAUCCAUCCUUGUUCCCAUGUAGGCCAUGUGUUUCCAAAGCGGGCUCCAUAUGCAAGGCCAAAUUUCCUUCAGAACACGGCACGUGCUGCUGAAGUGUGGAUGGAUGAGUAUAAAGAACAUUUUUACAAUAGAAAUCCUCCAGCAAGAAAAGAAAAUUAUGGUGAUAUUUCUGAAAGAAAACUACUAAGAGAGCGUUUGAAAUGUAAGAGUUUUGACUGGUAUUUGAAAAAUAUUUUUUCCAACUUACAUGUACCAGAGGAUCGUCCAGGCUGGCAUGGAGCUAUCCACAGUAUGGGAAUAUCAUCAGAAUGUCUAGACUACAAUUCACCUGAACAUAAUCCUACUGGGACUCAUGUGUCUCUCUUUGGAUGUCAUGGUCAAGGAGGCAAUCAGUUCUUUGAAUAUACAUCGAGUAAAGAAAUUAGGUUUAACUCUGUGACUGAAUUGUGUGCUGAAGUCCCUGAGCAAAAGGAUUUCAUUGGCAUGAGGAACUGCCCAAAAGAUAGAUCCCCUAUCCCAGAAAAUAUCAUAUGGCAUUUUAAAGAGGAUGGGACUAUUUAUCAUCCUCAUUCAGGAAAGUGCCUUAGUGCUUAUCGUACUUCUGAGGGUCGGCCUGAUGUGCAAAUGAGGACUUGUAAUGCUGCAGAUAAAAAUCAAAUUUGGAAGUUUGAGAAAUAAAAUGGCCAUUGAUGAUAGUUAUUAUCUGAAGAACUUCAGAGUAAAUUAGUGGCUGGCUAUGAUUUGAUACAUGAAUUUCCUCUGAGAGCCUUCCCUGUAGUAGUUUAGGAACUGAAUCUCCUAUGCUGAAGUGUACGAAAGUGGGUUGGCAAAUACUGGGAAUUAAUGUUUAAAAGUGCCUUUUUGUACUGACUUAAGGUUUUUAUUUUUGUAGGGUCUUGAUUCAUUAUUGCUCACAUUUCAGUUUAUAUUUUAGUUUUAGGAAAAACAUGACUUGUUUUAGACCUGAAGAGUUCUUACAUCAAGUGAAAGAAAAUCUGUGUUACUUUAGAUUAAGGUUAAGAAUUUAAAUCUAGAGAAGUUAAGGUUCUCACAGCAAUGUUUACUUAGCUAUAUUGCAGAUAUGUAUUAUGACAUAAAUUCACAGAAUAAAUAAUACAGUAGUACGUGGCUGAGUUAACAUUGGUGUUGGAAGUAGAACCUUAAUCCUUAGUACGUUGUAUAAUCAUCCAGGUGUUUACUUUAUUGGGGAUCUGCCAACUCCUAAGGGUUUUGAAGAGGUCAUAUUAUUUUUAAAGGAAUGAAAGUUUCUAUUGCCUAACUACGUGGAAGACAGGAAACAUUAGGACUGGCCAUGCUUCAUUCCUUAAUUCAUAUCCCCCUCCACAUGUGAACACCUCUUCAGUCUUGCCCUAGUUCCUGAAAGCAAUUUGAUUCUUCAACACCUGCCCCGCCCGCCCUAAUGCUAGAGGUAGUGGAACUAGAAAGAUGGGCUAGCAGUAUGAGAAUGUUGGCCAGGUGGAGGUUGGGGGGUGGGAAGGGGAUGGUUAGGGGUGGGAGACUAUUGAGUGUGUGUGGCCGGCGAGCCCAAAAUAGUGGGUAAGAACCUGGUGUAUUUAUCUUGAGUGUGAGAGAGAAAAGGGUGGGUGUCAUGUUGACAUUUGUCUCUCAUCUUUGAAUUCUCAGAACUAGUAUGCACAUUCUGAGUGCUCUAAGCAGUAGCUAGCACUCAAUUUCUGGACAUUUUAUAUCCUCAGCACUACCAUUAUGUUUACAUAGUCUUUUGCAUUCUUUCUUGUUUUUUUUUUCAUAUAUGUAAUAUUUUAUAUACCAGUAUGUUAGGAGGUAAAGUAAAGAGGUGCUUGUGUGGAUAACAACAUUAAGGCAGUGGUUCUCCACCUAUUUACUGUUGUGGGCUGCAUAUGCAGCUCUCUAUGUGUUAUGUGGGCCACAUUCACUCAAUAUGUAUAUGGCCUGUGUGGCCCUGAGGAUGUCAUAUGGGCUGCAACUGUGUACUGAUUGGACCUGCAGGCUGCAGGUUGAGAACCAUUGCACUAAGGUGUUUGUUUAAAUGUGUGACCAUAGAUAGGAUGAUCAAAUAAAGUUUCUUAGGUGUGUGAUCAUUGGAUUGCAUAUUCUAGAAAAAGUACAAUGCCAGUACCAAGUGUUUUGGGGCCUCUACAUGAUUCUUCUAGGCACUGGCUUAAGCUUUGGCAAACCCAGGGGUUUUUUUUCGUUCUGUAUUCGUCUUGUGCUGUCUAUCAGUAGCCACCAGAUACCAAAUCUUGAUCUUGGACUGACAGCUCUUACCUUCAGAUAGAGAGCCACAAAUUAGUGACAGAAAGUGAGCAUAAAAAUCUGGGGAAGGUCUAGUGGGUUAUAGUAGGUGGUGUUGGUUCAUUACUCCAGGGCUAGGCAGAAGGGAAAGGAGAUGGCUGUUUGGAGGGAGAAAGUGGGGUCGUAAAAGGGCUAGGGACUUUCUAGAAAUAAUGAGGCAAGAAGGAAAAGGAUGUGUGUUCAGAGGUAUUUCUUAGAAUUUGUGAAGGAUUGGAGGGAGGAAGGGAAAGAAGUGACCAGCAAGCUGGGGCAAGAGUUGCUAGGAUGGAAGGGUGACUAGAUGAGUAAGAUUCUGGAUUAGGGGUGUAGUGCAGGGCCAUACUAAAAAUGAUUGCCACUAUGUGGCGCUGGGCAUUAUAAGUCUCUGUAAUUUAUUUUAACAUGACUAAUUUGAAAUCUGAUUUGUAUAAAUUGAUACAGAAUAAGGGAAUUGUCACAUUAUAUUGAUCAGCAAGGCAGUCCUUUGCACAUUCCACCAAACCUGACGUGCCAAGGAAUACCUCUGCAUUCCUCUGUAGACCUACUACUUUGAGAGACUACAGCCCAUGACAUGCUGAAAGAGCAAGCUUUAUAUGGUCAUAUGCAUUUGUGAAAGCCUUACCAUAAAUAAAUUUGUUUCAGCAUGCACACUUCCAAACGAAUUCAUGCUUGCAUAGGCAUCUACCUUGUAUGCCAUGCAUACUUACUGUAUUGAGGGAAAUGAAGUACUGUGCAUGCAGACUAUGCAAUUUUUAUUCAAUUCUAACAUUUAUUAUUUUUUAAAAACCUAGCAAACAGUGUGUUCCUUUUGGAGAACUAUUUUAUGAAUUGGAAAUUUAAAAAUAACUUGUUGGGCUGUCUGAGCAGAAAAUAAGAAUGAACAAGUUUCUUAAAUAUUACACUUUUUUCAAGGCACUUAUAACUGACAAACCAUUCAAGAGAACUUUCUUAUCCCAUAUUUCAGGUUUUUUAAACAGAAAAAUAAGGCUAAGAAUGUAACACUUCUGCCCAAUAGGAGCAAUUUUUAUAAUAUUAUAAAGAUCUGAUAAUAGGAACUUGGAAAUGGCAAUCUCAACCAUAAUUGAAGCAUUGCUACUGUAAUCUUUUAAUUCUGUGUACAGAUUUCUGGAAAAUCUGAUACUCUGCAAAACAAAGGUAUAAAUAUAUCUAUUUUUAAUUCUAUCAGUUUUAUGAGAAUUUUGGGGAAAAUAAAAUUACUGUAUGUGGAUUUUAAACUACUGAUUUUAAAUGAUAAAAGGAACUAUGUAAAUUUAACAUUGAUUAAAUGUAAGCUUUUUGUUGUUGUUGUUUUUGAAAAACAGUAAUAAAAAUGACAAAUGAAUGUUGGUUAGUU